AUGUCACUGUUCACGACUGUGCCGGAGGCCCCAGCAUCUCACCGUUCUUCUCCCAACUCUGACGGCCAAGGCCAGGAGAUUUCGACUCCCCACGCUGACAAGAUCCUUCGUCGGCAACGCAACACUAUUGCGGCACGCAAAUAUCGUCAGAAGAAGGUCGAUCGCAUCUCGGAUCUCGAGAAGAUGCUGGAGGAGAUGACACGCGAACGUGAUGAACUACGGCUUCGUCUCGCGCGUCAAGAGGCUGAGACGGAGGCUCUCAAGAGCAUUAUGUUGAGGGAUUCCAAGCCAUAG